UGGCCACACACGCCAACCUGUCCAGAAGCUAAUUGGCUCACCUGGCUGCAAUUAUCCCCCACCUGGUUUUUCCUCAGCGACUUCUUCUCGUCAUGUAGUUCUCCUCGGUGAACAGUGCAGCUGCGGGACUCGGAGGGGAGUGAGGUACACCCCGCCGCCAUGGACUGAGAGCCGAAAAGGCGCACAGCUGUAUGGUUCAACCGAGAGUUCUUCCUUUUUGUAACAUCUCCGAUUCUUCCUCAGACUGGUUCUUGGUGAUAUUUACACAAUUGAAAGCGGACCGUAAAGCCCUGGUCCUGUCCUCCUCCUCUUCCUUGUGCAAUGCCGAAGAGUGACAUGUGGCCAGGCGGCGUUGCCUUGGACUCCUUGAGUAAAAUGGACAGUGCCGGGAGCUGUGACAGUGUAAUCAGCAUGAACUCUGGCUAUAGUGAAGAUAGUAUGGAACACUUAUCUGCAGAAGAGAGAGCGUGUCUCAUGUAUCUGGAAGAGACAAUUGAAGCAUUGGAGGUUCAAGAGGACAGCGGCUUAUCCAACGAUGAACCAGAUCCUCUGUUGGAGGCAGAAAAAAUGCGUCAGAUGAGUGUAAAUGACAUUUCCAGUUUCAAGUCUGAGUCUGGAAGAGACCAGAAAGCUGAGAGUCUAAAUGAAACCUCAGAACCACAGUCCUCUCUGGCCUCUGCCGCCAACACAAAAGAUCUCGAAACAUCAGCAGACCUUGUGAUUCAACCCAAAGUCACUGAACCAGUCACUGGUUCUGAAAUUCACCCAUCAGCUUCUCAGCCUGAGGAGUUGUGUUUAUCUAAGGAUGCGGAUGGUAAGCUACAGAUUGUCUCAAGUGCCAGCCAGUCUGAGAUGAACCUGGAUUUGAUCCCUCCUCCAUCAGACUUCAUGGAUGAGCCACAUCCUCGACCACAGCCACUGACGGCAAGAGACCUUAUUGCAUCUGCAGUAAUAUCCAAUAACAAGCCAGCAACUGUUGACUUGGAGCAGCUACGCCAGAGAGCCUCUACGAAGAGAACUUCAGUAAACCCUCCUGUGACCCAGGAGCCUCCAAACAAGCCCCCAGAAGUGAGUCCAUUAACUAUCAGCUUUGGAACCCCAAUGAGUCCUCCCCCUGAAGCUGUUGAGCCCAGAAGUCCACCCGCUGUGGCCCCUAAGCCCAAGAAGCUUCCUGCUAACAUUAUUCUGAAAUCACACAAGGCAGCAGUGGCUGACGGCAACCCAGCACAUUCAGUGCCCGCUAACGGUGACCGGCUGAUGAUGGACCCACAGAGGGUGCGCAUGGAAGCCCUCCGAAAGCUUGGCCUGCUUAAAAGCGAGGAGGUAGAUUCAGGUCCCGCACUGAGCCCGAAACAUUCUCCCAAAACUAGAAGCUCAUGGGAAGCUCCUCCUUCUCCAAUCAGCCCAGCAACUCCACAUGCACCACCCUUGACACCAUCUUAUACCCGUGUCAACCCCCCAUCUCCUACAGCUCCUGCAGUCGAGCUUCCUGAUAUUGUCCCAGCACCUGCUGCUUUCAGUGACCCUGAUGGACCACCGCUGUCAGACAAUGAACUGUCUGCUGUCAAAUAUGUUUCAGAGGCCACGGCACAGAUGAAUACUCCUCCUCGUAUCCCUCCUGCUCUGAAGCAGCUAACCCCACCCAAAGCCAAAGGUGUGAAAUCCGCCACCCUGGAGCGCUCUGGCUUGGGUCUAAGCAGCUAUAUAGCUAGUCAAGACUCUGAUGAGUCCAGCCUUGGUGUUAGCAACAAGCAGACCCCCAGCCAGCUGCGUAACAGUCGACCACGCCCUGCCUCUCUGGGGAGCGGGAAAGAGUUUUCAAGUGCUCAGGGAGAGAGAUCACAGGUGGGUCAUGCUGUCAGCAAAGAGCCAGACUUACGGAGGUCCCUACCUGCCUUUCAGCACUCGGGAGACCCCCAGAAGCUGCCUCGAUCGCAGGGCAUCAGUGUAUUGAUAUGCCCACGUGCAGAAAACGGAGAUAACCGUCGCGAGGCACUGAAGAGACUGGGGCUGCUCAGGGACUGAGGCAUCAACGGCAAAUCACCUCACCUUAUUACCACAGACUCGCUUCAGAUAUUAUAUUUAAAGGAAUAAACCAGCAAUUGAUGCAUUAUUGGUAAAGACAUUACAGAACUUUUGGGAAGCAGCUUAACCUCACAUUUAUGCGCUAUCAUGUUUACUGCACUAAGCUAUUUUAACCAGAGUGCCUCACUCAUUGUACAGCUGCUGAUUUCUCAGAAAAAUGGCAAUCAAGACUCUGGCUGACUAUCUCACUGUAGCUGUGUUUUUUGUAAAUUAAAUACUGUUACUUUUAA